UGGCUACUUCUCUUGAUUGCGCUGAAGACCAAGUUGGACCCUUUACUUAACUGCCCAGAACCCAUCAUGUUGCCCCUGUCCAGAUCUCAGCUCGGGCUCUUUUUCAUCUUGCUGUGUCCUGCCAACAUCAUAGGGCUUUGGUGGGCAGUUGGCAGCCCCUUGGUGAUGGACCCCAACAGCAUCUGUAGGAAAACCAAGCGUCUGGCUGGCAAGCAGAAUGAGCUGUGCCAGAGCGAGCCAGAAAUCGUAAAUGAGGUGGCCAAGGGUGCCAAACUGGGAGUACGUGAAUGCCAGUACCAGUUCAGGUCCAGGCGGUGGAACUGCACCAGUCAUAACAAGUACUUCGGGAAGAUCCUCCAGCAAGAUAUACGCGAGACAGCAUUUGUGUAUGCAAUUACGGCAGCUGGAGUGAUCCAUGCGGUGACGCAGGCCUGUAGCAUGGGGGAGCUGCUGCAGUGUGGCUGUGAGGUUACACGUAACUGGGGGCCUCCUUCUCCCCUUGCCAUUGGUCCGGGAGCAGAUGGUUCUGCCUGGGAAUGGGGAGGCUGCGGAGAUGAUGUGGAAUUUGGAUAUGAGAAGUCUCGACAGUUUAUGGAUGCCAAGAGAAAAAAAGGAAAGAGUGAUAUACGGACGUUAAUUGAUCUCCAUAACAACGAAGCUGGAAGGCUGGCUGUGAAGAACUACAUGAGAACGGAAUGCAAGUGCCAUGGUCUCUCGGGUUCCUGCACGCUACGCACCUGCUGGAAGAAGAUGCCUCAUUUCCGAGAAGUGGGUGACAGACUGCUGGAGAGAUUUAACGGAGCAUUUAAAGUCAUGGGGGGCAAUGAUGGCAAGACCAUUAUCCCUGUGGGACACAAUAUUAAACCUCCAGACAAACAAGAUCUCAUCUAUUCUGCAGAAUCCCCAGAUUUUUGCCAGGCCAACAGAAAAACAGGCUCGCCGGGAACGCGGGGACGUGUGUGUAACAGCACUGCUCUGGACGUAGGGGGGUGUGACCUCUUGUGCUGUGGAAGGGGACAGAGGGAGGAGACUGUUGUGGUGGAGGAAAAUUGCCUUUGUCGCUUCCACUGGUGUUGUGUGGUCCAAUGCAAAAAGUGCAAUGUCAAAAAAGAACUGAGUGUGUGUCUAUGA